AUCAUCGACGGAAAAGAAAGGAUUCGCAAAUGGAGGUGGCAGAAAUGGUCGCUGUUUAAACGACAAAAGGUACACCUCACCAUGUCUGAAUCUCUGUAUGAGAAGUUUUUGGCGCCGGAGGAGCCUUUCCCUCUCCUCUCCCAAAGAGCCAACCUCAGCGAUGUGGGAACCCUGGAUGUCAGUGACUUCGGCUGUCAGCUCUCGUCUUGCCACAGAACGGAUCCUUUGCACCGUUUCCACAGUAACAGGUGGAACCUCACGUCCUGUGGGACCAGCGUUGCGAGCUCAGAGUGCAGCGAGGAGCUUUUCUCCUCCGUGUCUGUGGGGGAUCAGGACGACUGCUACUCCCUCCUGGAUGACCAAGAACUAACGUCACUGGAUUUGUUUCCUGAGGGCAGCGUUUGCAGCGAUGUGUCCUCCUCCAUCAGCACAUACUGGGACUGGUCUGACAGCGAAUUCGAGUGGCAGUUGCCAGGAAGUGACAUUGCCAGCGGCAGUGAUGUCCUCUCUGACAUAAUCCCGAGUGUGCCGAGUUCACCGUGUUUGUUUUCUAAGAGGAAGCCGAAGCCUCACCCUCAUCGCAACCUGGAUGAGCUGCCUUGGAGUGCCAUGACCAACGAUGAACAGGUGGAGUACAUUGAGUACCUGAGUCGGAAGGUGAGCACAGAGAUGGGCCUGAGAGAGCAGCUGGACAUCAUCAAGAUCAUCGAUCCCUGUGCUCAGAUUUCUCCCACCGACAGCGAGUUCAUCAUCGAGCUCAACUGUCUCACUGAUGAGAAACUCAAACAGGUGCGUAACUACAUCAGAGAGCACAGCCCGAGGCAGCGAGCCAGCAGCACCAGGGAGAGCUGGAAGAGGAGCAGCCACAGCAGCGCCAGUACAGGCGGCGUCAGCGGAGCCAGCAGCAGUAACGCCAGCAUGGUCAGCUCCGCCAGCUCCUCCACCGGCUCCACGGCCUCCAACUCUGUAGCAGGUGGAACAGCCUCAGCCUGCAGUGGCAGCAGUGUGGCCAACAUCAGCCGAGCUCACAGCGAUGGCAACCUGUCCAGCGCUGCAGAACGCAUACGAGACUCUAAAAAACGUUCGAAGCAGCGUAAGCUCCAGCAGAAAGCGCUCCGGAAGCGUCAGCUGAAAGAGCAGCGACAGGCUCGAAAGGAGCGACUCAGCGGCCUGUUUCUGAACGAGGAGGUGCUGUCGCUACGGGUGACGGAGGAAGACGACCACGGUGACGACCUGGACAUACUGAUGUGACACCAGUGAAUCAAUCAGUGCUCCCUCUACGCCUGCUCUCUCGCCACCUAGCCAGUAGCAUAGAGCUUAUAGACCGCGCUAACCCACAUCGCUGCAUGCAUCGGCUCUGAAUAGGCUAACACGCUUAGAAUGCAUUUUGUAAGAGUAACGUGCCAGGCAGUAUUAGCUUCUAGUCGCCGAUAACUUAGCUUAACAUAUUGUUUGCUUACAGUAGUGCUUCAAAUGCUAGCUGCUGCUAUUCUUACCAAGCUAGUCACAGUAACGAUGCUAAAACACUGCUAAUGCUUUGAUAAGACUCAGUCUAGCCUGCUGCUAGCCAAAGGAGGCUAACGCUGCAACAGCCUAGAAGCUCGCAGACACAAAUGAACCUACACUACUAAACACAGUUAUUUCAGCUUAAUACAGUAAACAAGAGGAUUGCUUCUAGAUGCUGUGACAUCAGCGUAUGUAUUCACUGCUACUAAUACAGCCACCACAGGCAGGAGGACAGAUCAGGGAAGAGAAGCAGAGUUUGGCGGUUUUUGUUUCUUCACACCACCACAGAGGGAACUUUAGGAACGAUUUGGUGGCAUUUUGGCUAAUUUGCAAACAAUCGACAGGACGUUAUCUGCGCUUGCCAAACUCUGUUCGUCUGUGGAUCAGGUUAAACUGCUGCAGCAGCGAAGAAUUCCUCAAGUCGUAGUCGAUGUAGUGUGAAUGUAAGGUGUCGGGGUUAACACGGCAGUAGACUUAAUCUAAAUGUGAGCGCUCUUAUUGUGACGAGUUCGAGGGACUCAACGCAGAAUCUUGACAUUCAAACCUCACUUUUUUUCUAACAGUGAAUACUUGAAGACUAAUUUCAGGGAAAAAAAAAAAAGAUUGUUAGUGUUGGAAAAUAAUAAAAAACUUACAAACGAUGAAAGCUGAAGAGGUUUCUAGGUGUGAAAACUGAAGCGAGCUGGUCUGUCUUUCUAUCCGCUGAGUGUCGUGGUCCCAUUUCACUACCAAGGCUUAGAGGGAGCACUGAAACACUGCAUGUUUAAAUCGUCACCCACACCGAGUCCCCGUGUGGUCCAGUAACUAACAACUCGCGUCAUCAUUUGCAUACACCUGUUAAAAUAGCUUAUCUGUGUUGUAAAUAAAUGAUAAGUAACAUCAUAUUUACUGCUUGCUUUCAAGUUUUCCUUUGUGAUAAAGAUUUAAUUUUUUUUCCUUUUGUGUGUAAAUAUUACGACGACAUAGUGAACUAAUUGGUCAUCACAGCUCCAACGCUUUAAACUGUCGCUGUUCUUUUGCUAUUUUUUGAGUCUUACUUUGAUGCGUUUCUGACAUGUUUGAUUUUUGUGUUUGUUUUUUUCCUGCUAACACUCCUACCUGAAUGAUUUAAUCGUCACGAUGAGGUUUCUGAGCGUUGCUUAAAGUCUUAUUAGAAGUUUUUACUGAUCACUUUGUACUGUAUCACUGGAUUGGUUUUGGCGCUAAAAACUUAAGCUGGUUUCUUAAGCAUCUAACUUUGAGCCAACAACUCAGAUUUCAGAGAUGUGCACAGUUUGCUCCAGUAAGAUUUUUCAAAGGAGAAACACAACAGAGCAGCUGUUGGUGGAGUCGUAGCUACCCUGCUGUUUUCUGAUUUGCUAGAUUUUGUUUCUUUGUGUUGCUUUUCUUUGUUUCUUCUCCUCCUGUUAACUUGUAAACUCUUUCCCGCAGCUCCUCGGCUGUAACGUGAUGAACCGCUGCAGUUAUUGCUGUCGUUUCUAAUACUUUCUGUGUGCUGAGCUUCGGCUCUUCUCUCUGUCUCGUGUAUAAAAUCAUUACAAAACUACAGCAAUUAUGUUAAAAGAAAAAAAAACAAAAACAACUGCUUUACGUAUUCUGUAGCAAUGAAUUAGUAAAACUCUAUUUUGAGAAAUAAGAUAAUUUUGAAAAAAAAAAUCAAAACAAGUGUGAUGCAACAAAGUUCUGAGGUACCGUGUAACUGCUGACGAUGAAUGGUGUUAAACAUGCUUCAGCAAAAGUUCAGUCUGUAUGAACAGAACUUUUUGACGGAGAAAGUUCCACUACAUCCAUCAGUGUCAUUAAUAAUAAUAAACUCCACCAGACAGCUACGAUAACAGUCGGUACACGUGUUGGUUCUUUACAGAACAUUAUGGAACAGUGUGUCCUGAACUUGUCUUAUUGAGCAGCAGAGAAACCCUGUUAGAGCUGAAGGGAGACUGAAUGCAGUCUGAUAUGUUGUGAACUUGACAAAUAAACAUACCUUGUUGCAUCCUGAGGUUUUUUCUGCAA